AUGACUGACUAUAUGGCACAAAUGCUGGACGAAUUGAUGGGCCCAUCAAGAAAUGCUGUCGCCGGUGAAUCAAAGAUGACCUAUGAUCACAGAGAUGUUUGCAAGCACUUUCUUGCUGGCUUUUGUCCAAAUGAGCUCUUUCGAAAUACAAAAGCCGAUCUGGGAACUUGCUCUUUGCGACACGAUGAACGAUUGAAGCUUGAAUACCAGAACAGUUCUCGUUUUGGUAAAAUGGGAUACGAGGAAAAUUUCAUUGAGAGGAUACGCUCGCUUGAUCGAGAAGUGAAACGACGGAUUGAGAAGAAUAUGCAGCGCUUGGAAAGUGACCUCAAAAAUUACGAUGGUGAAGCAAGCACAAAACAGGCCGACGACGAAAAAGUCACCGAGUUAAUGGAACAAAUUGAAGAGACUUUGGCUGAAGCCCAGCGACUUUGCGAGUCGGGAAAUGUCACCGCUGGUGAGGCACUUAUUCGACAAUCUGAAGCUCUUGAGCAACAACGCAAAGUCAUGCUGAUCGACAAGCAAGAGCAACAACGAAGAAUUGAGGCCACUGCACAAGAGUUGAACAAGCCGAUGCAUGUGUGUCAGGUGUGCGGAUGUUUUAUGUUAAUAAAUGAUGCACAAGCACGAAUCGAUGAUCAUUUGAUGGGCAAAAUGCAUAUCACCUAUCAACGAAUUCGGACAACAAUCGAGGAUUGGGAUAAAAAGAAGGAGGAAGAACGAAAGAAACAGCACGAAGAACGAGAAAAAAGACAUCAGGAGAAAAAAGCAAAAGAAAAAGAAGAACGAAGAGAAAAAGACAAAGACAAAGAGGAACGAAGAGAAAAAGACAAAGAUCGGAAGAAGCGAUCACGGUCCCGAUCUCGUGAUAGGAAAAGAAGCCAUUCGCGGGACAGGUUCAGGCGAGAUUCCCGUGAUCAUCAUCGUUCAAGUCAUCAUCGUCAUUCGGAUCGGUCUGAGCGAAAGCACAGCCGAAAACACGAU